AUGCCACGCUCUCUAUCAUUUGUGGCACUAUCUAUGAAGAGGAUAGAACACACCAGUCCCAUAAUGACAUUUAUAAUUGUACAUUCUAUCUACCCCAUAGCCAAAACCACCAUUUACAACAAAAAUUACCAUAAAACUGGUUUAGAAUCGUGUAUAAAGAAACUCAGUUAAUUGAUACAUUCUGUGAAAAUGUGCAUCCUACUUGUGUGUGGAAAUGCGCUCAUGGUCUUGUUAUGAUCUCUUACUGAGCUCUUAGAAAAAUUCCCAGAUUGGGUUGUUUGCACAGCUCCUCAUCGUUAUACCUGAAAUGCAACAUACAGGGAAAAACAGAAAACAGCUCACUUCAAUUUCAUGUUGGAAAGACUUUCUCGUAGGACACUGAAUUCAUUGGGAAACCAUUCGCACCAGCACAUUAUCAGAUCAAAAUUAUUGAACUGCAAUGUUUGUAAUGCUAGGUUAGCUGGACAGUUUGAACAGAAAGGAAUUAUUGAAUUUUCUCAAGAUGUUAGCAGCUCUUGUAAGCACGAAAAACGGAAUGAACCGCAAAAUUUUAUAAACCAAGGAAGCACUCUGGCAGGUUCCUAUACAUAUUAUACCUUAUUGCAAGAUUGUAUAAGCAUGAAAUCUUUGGAAGAUGGAAAAAUUGUUCAUUCCCACAUGAUCAAAGCUGGCCAUAACCAAGAAGUAUUUGCUCAAAAUAGCCUUAUUAAUAUGUAUGCAAAAUGUGGAAGUUUGACAGGUGCAUGCCAAGUGUUCGACAAAAUGUCUGAUAGAAAUGCAUUCUCAUGGGCUUCAAUGACUGCAGCAUAUGUUCAGACGAGGCAGUUUAAAGAGGCCUUGAAGCUAUUUUCUGCCAUGCAACGGUCUGGCAUACACCCAAAUGAAUUUGUUUUUUCAAGCGUUUUAAAGGCAUGCUCAUGCGUAGAAGCUCUAGAGGUAGGAAAUCAGUUUUUUGCAUACAUUAUAAAAAUUGGAUGCCAGUCCAGUUCUUUUGUGGGAAAUGCACUUAUUGACUUGUAUGGCAAAUGUGGAAGGUUUAAGAACGCACGCCAUCUAUUUGACAAAAUGAUUAACCGAAAUUUAGUUUCAUGGAAUUCUAUGAUUACAGGAUAUGCCCGAGGUGGGUUGUAUGAAGAGGCUCUAGAAUUCUUUGGGUACAUGAAAAAAGAAGAUUUGGAUUGGGACUGUACCACCUUGGCCACAGUUGUGGGAGUAUGUGCAAAUCUCGAAGCAUUUGAACUGGGGUACGCUCAACAUGGCAAUGCUGAGAAAACUCUGAAACUCUUCCCUGAAAUGCUUUCAGCGGGGACGAAGGCUGAUGAGUACACCUUUUCCAUUGUUCUUAGUGUAUGUGGAGCACUUGCAGCUCUCGAACAUGGGAAGCAACUCCACAAUCACAGCUUGAAAACUGGAUUUCUGUCUCACAUACUGGUAGGAAAUGCUCUUGUUGACAUGUAUGCUAAAAGUGGAAGCAUAGUGAAAGGACGCAAAGCUUUUGACGAAAUGACUCAGCUUGAUGUUGUUUCUUGGAAUUCUAUCAUUGCAGGCCAUGCCCAUCAUGGAUAUGGCAAAGAAGCCAUCCAACUCUUUGAGCAAAUGCAACAGGCAAAUGUGGUACCCAAUCACAUUACCUUUGUUGCUGUCCUAUCUGCUUGCUGUCGUGAAGGCCUUGUCAGUGAAGGACGCUUCUACUUCAAUUACAUGACUAAUCAUGGUAUUGCACCUCACAUGGAGCAUUACACCUGUAUGAUUGGGCUACUUGGACGUACUGGACAUCUGGAUAAGGCAGAAGAACUUAUUAACCAUAUGCCAUUUGAACCCGAUUUUGUGGCUUGGCGCACAUUGCUCGGUGCCUGCAGAAACCAUGGUAAUAUUCGGCUAGGAAAGCAUGUUGCAGAUUGUAUUUGGAAGAUAAAACCACAGGACCCUGGAACUUAUGUGUUGCUGUCAAACAUAUAUGCUGAAGCAGGGAGGUGGGAUCAUGCUGCAGAUGUGAGAAAACUGAUGAAAGACAGGGGAGUGAGAAAGGAGCCAGGUGUAAGCUGGAUUGAGGUGAAAAACAGAGUUCAUGUUUUUACUGUAGAAGACAGAAAACAUCCGCAAACAAAGGAGAUCUAUGCAAAGCUAAAGGAACUUACAGAGCAGAUGAAGAAGGAAGGAUAUGCACCCGACAUGACCUCUAUGCUGCUUGAUUUUGAACAGUAAUAGAUUCAGCAAUCUCUGCCUUGUUAGUGAGUAAAUUGCCAUUGUUAUCGCUCUUUUGAGUAUCCUUUCUUGAAUAUUUAUUAAAUUAACCAAAAGUAUCUUUCAUAAA